UGAUUCUGUUUUUCACCGCCGUUAUGCCGCCGAGACGAUACGCUUUUGGACGGGCCGAUGAGGCCACCCACCCCGACUCCAUUCGUGCCACCUUGGCUGAGUUCAUUUCCACUUUCAUCUUCGUCUUCGCUGGCGAAGGCUCCGUUCUCGCUCUUGAUAAAAUUUUCAGGCCAGCGGAUUAUGGAAGUUACGGCCAUGGAAGUUACGGCCGAGGAGGUCACGGUUAUGGUCACGGAUAUGGUAGAAAGGGGGCCGACACAGGGAGAGCUGCGUCGGAUUUAGUAGUGAUAGCGAUAGCACACGCGUUUGCACUGUUCUCGGCGGUGGCAGCGAGCAUCAACAUAUCGGGUGGGCAUGUGAAUCCUGCAGUAACGUUUGGGGCCCUUAUUGGAGGGAGGAUCUCUCUUAUCCGUGCAUUCUUCUAUUGGGUUGCACAGAUUUUGGGUGCCAUUAUCGCUUCACUUCUCUUGAGACUUGCAACGGGUGGCAUGAGGCCUAUGGGUUUCUUUGUUUCAUCAGGCGUAUCAGAAUUGCACGGGUUCCUACUAGAGAUAAUCCUUACAUUUGCUUUGGUCUACACAGUAUACGCAACAGCAAUAGACCCGAAGAGGGGCAGCUUGGGAACAAUAGCACCACUGGCAAUCGGGUUAAUAGUCGGGGCCAAUAUUCUGGUGGGUGGGGCCUUCGAUGGGGCCUGCAUGAACCCAGCAAGGGCAUUUGGGCCGUCUUUAGUGGGCUGGAGAUGGGACAAUCAUUGGAUCUAUUGGAUCGGCCCAUUACUGGGAGGUGGGCUUGCGGCCCUUGUAUAUGAGUACUUGGUCAUUCCGGUUGAACCUCCUCUACAUACUCACCAGCCCUUGGCUCCAGAGGAUUACUAAGUUUUUGUUUUUGGUUUUUUUUCUUUUUAAUUUGUAAAAACAUAUUCGAAUGUGUGUUUUGGAUGUGAGACUGUUUUUCUGCUCUAUAUGUUGUAGGGUUUUUUUUUUCUCUUUGAAAAAGACUCGAAGCCUUUUAUUGGCCAAGGGUUGUUUGUUGUCUCCGUUUGGGGUUUAUUUGUGGUGUUUAUGUUCAUGAAGGUAAUAAAUGUCAUACAGCUUACAUCUUUUUCUUUUUCUUAAAUUCUAAGGGGAUGUUUUCUU